UUACCGAGUCAAUAGGAAGAUCUGUUCUUGACUUCCUGUUGGCCUUUGUAAAAGAUCUUUCCUUCCCCUAAAUUUCUGCACCUAAAUCGAAUUUAUGGCGAGGAGACCGGACGAAGAGUAUGAUUACCUCUUCAAGGUCGUAUUAAUCGGAGAUUCUGGCGUUGGCAAAUCCAAUCUUCUGUCCAGAUUUACUAGGAACGAGUUCUGUUUGGAGUCCAAAUCCACAAUUGGAGUCGAAUUCGCAACCCGAACUGUCCAGGUUGAGGGGAAGACAAUAAAAGCACAGAUAUGGGACACAGCUGGGCAAGAGCGAUACAGAGCAAUAACCAGUGCCUAUUACAGAGGUGCCCUUGGAGCUCUUCUGGUAUAUGAUGUUACCAAACCAACGACAUUUGAUAAUGUUAGUCGAUGGUUGAAGGAGCUGCGGGACCAUGCUGACUCAAAUAUUGUAAUCAUGCUCAUUGGUAAUAAGACUGAUCUGGAGCAUCUACGAGCAGUGGCCACUGAGGAUGCUCAAAGUUAUGCUGAGAAAGAAGGCCUGUCAUUUAUUGAGACUUCUGCACUUGAAGCUACAAAUGUUGAGAAGGCUUUCCACUCCAUCCUUGCAGAAAUAUACCGGAUAAUUAGUAAGAAGAAUAUCUCCUCUUCAGAAAACCCUGCACCCACAAACCUAAAAGAAGGGAAAACAAUUUCUGUUUCAGGAUCAGAGACAAACACCACAAAGUCAUGCUGCUCUUCAUCUUAGAGGUGAUUUCUAUUUUUGUUUUCUUUGGGGGUAUUAUUCUGGAAAAGUCUAGUUUCAGACUGUCUGUUGUGUCUACUGCAUGGAUUGUUCUUCUAGGAGUGUUUGCAUGAGGUAUUUUGCAAUUUUUAUUUUAUUUUUUUGGAUUUUAGUGUAUUUUUGUUCAUGAUCUCAGAGAAGAUGGAGGAAUUCAGAUUUUAGUAAAUGAGCAAAAUAGUAGUUGUAAACUUAGUGGUGAAUUGACAAACGAGCUAAGUGUCAACAUAUUCUUUUAAAGGCAUUACUGUACUAAUUUUCUAC